GACAGUGGAGCGGCUGUCAGUGUCAGACAGACACUCUCCGGCACCAGGCUGCUGGAGUCCGCCUACGUCCCCCUUUAUUGGCCACCUGCCUAUCCCAGAAUAAAACAGGGCAGUGCAAAAAAAAAAAAAAAAAAUCUGCAGCAGAAGACGAGAGACAGCAUAGCGAGUGACCGGCAGUCCAUCGGAUCAAGCCUGGGUCCCGGGUUGCCCACUUGACGACGCUUGUUUGUUUUAGUUACCAGCAUAUUGAGCUGAGGAGCCCGGGGAAAGCUGGCAACCACUUGCAUGGAUGCACCAUGGCCACGUUUGUGUGCAGGAUUCAGUUUUUAGACGACACCGAUCCGUUCAACAGCACUAAUUUUCCAGAACCGACCCGACCGCCGCUGUACACCUUCAGGGAGGACAUCCCCCUCAUCAACCAACUUGCAGGCAUCCACCGGCUCCUGAAGGCUCCACACAAGCUCGAUGAUUGUGCGCUGCAGCUUUCCCACAAUGGCACCUAUCUGGACUUGGAGUCCUCCUUGGCAGAGCAAAGGGACGAGCUGGAAGGCUUCCUGCAAGAUGAAACAGGGUCCAGAGGGAAAAAGCACAGUGUUGUUUUACGAACCCAGCUGACCGUCCGCGUACACGCCUGCAUCGAAAAACUGUAUAACUCCAAUGGACGUGACUUGAGAAGGGCGCUGUUUUCGCUUAAGCAAGUUUUUCAGGAUGACAAAGACCUCGUCCAUGAGUUUGUGAUGGCUGAAGGUUUGACGUGUCUCAUCAAAGUGGGCGCCGAAGCGGACCAGAACUACCAGAACUAUAUAUUAAGAGCUCUGGGACAGAUCAUGCUUUACGUUGACGGGAUGAACGGGGUCAUCAGCCACACUGAGACAAUCGAGUGGCUUUAUACACUUGUGGGGUCAAAGUUCCGCCUGGUGGUUAAAACAGCAAUGAAACUCUUGCUGGUCUUCGUGGAGUACUCUGAAUCCAACGCCUCGCUUCUCAUAGAAGCCAUUGCUACAGUGGAUUCCAAAAGAGGUUGCAAAGCGUGGUCCAAUGCUAUUGAGAUCUUGCAGGAGAAAGACGGCGUGGACACAGAGCUCCUGAUCUACGCCAUGACCCUCAUCAACAAGACGCUGGCAGCAUUACCGGACCAGGACUCUUUUUACGACAUGGUGGACGGUCUGGAGGAGCAAGGAAUGGAGACGGUAACCCAGAGACACCUGAAUCGGAAAGGAACUGAUCUGGAUUUGGUUGAGCAGCUCAACAUCUACGAGUCCACCCUCCGGCAUGAGGACGGCGACGACGACAGCCAGCCUCCGCCGACGGGUCGACGGGAUCGUCGGCGAGCGAGCAUCGGGGGCGGGGAUAAGCGGUGCGGGUUGGAAAGGAGGCGGAGCCGCAGGGCUUCUCUGGUGCGAUCCGGCCAGGCGUCCCCCUGCAGCCCCGCGUCCCCACAAAGGGCAGGCUUCCAUCCGUUGAACGGGCAAAGGCCUGAGGAAAUUAGCGAGAGAGAUGAGGAAUAUGAGGAUGCAGUGAUAAAGGAGUAUGAAGAGGAUCCGCCCGCCCUGACCGAAUCCGAUUCCGAUGAAAACGAUGACGCUUUUUUGACUAGUCAGAAUAGUUCCAGCUCGGUUCGCCAUUUUCCAUCCAUCAUUCAACGGACAAUCCAAUCCAUCACCAUCACAUCCAAACCCAUACACGAGCGAGAUCCCGGGAUUUGGAAGGAAUCAUCCCCCGUGUCCCCUCCUCCCAUGCCCUCCCCCCUAAGCCCCCCCUUGACUCCCCUGUCCCCUCCUCCCAUGCCCUCCCCCCUCAGCGCCCCCUCUCUUCUGGCCGCCCUGUUGGCCAGGAAGAAGGUCACCAGCACAGUGCCAGCCAGCAAAGAGGUCGGCCCGCCAUUGCGCGGCGGCUCGUAUCCCUCCCCCGAGCAACUCCCAUACAAACCCCACUCGCCCUUUCACCUCUUCUCCUACGACAUGGAGGAAGAGACGUCACCUCAAUCUCCAAUCCAAGCCGAAGUGCAGACAGAUAAUGCGACACCUCCAAGGAACGGGGGUCCCGGGUCCUACUCCACUCACGGCGGCUCCUCGACGCCCACCAGUCCCAGGCCUCCCCUGGGAGGUCUCCUAUCUUCCUCGUACCGACAACACCAGGAGUCGUUGGCGGCCGAACGAGAGCGGCGCCGCAUGGAGAGAGAGGAGAGGCUGCAGAGGAUCGAACGAGAGGAGAGGAACAAACACAGCCGAGACUACUUGGAUAAAAUGGAGGAGGCCCGGUUGGCGCGGGAAGAAAGGUAUAAGAACGUGGAGCGCUUGGCGGCCGAGGAGUACGAGAAGGAACGCGUCCCCCGCGGGCCGAGGACCCGCCUGGAACUCGACCUGACCUUCGAACCUUCCGAGACGUGGCCGUCGUCCACGCGGAGCAUCACGGCGUCCUCGCAGGAGGACGUUGAGGCCGACGACGAAGCCGAACAACCCGUUAGCACUUACGCGCCCUCUCAAGCUGUGACAGAAGAAGCCGACGACUCGAGGGCCAGCGUAGAACCCGAGGAGAACAAAACCGAGGAGGAACAAGAGGAGCAAGAAGAAGAGAAGGAGGUGCAAGAAGAAGCGGAGAUCGAAAGCGAGGAGGAAGGCGAGCAGGAGGAGACUCAAGAGACGAAGGUGCAGGAGGAGGCCGAGGAGGACAGCGGCAUCCUGAGCGACAAGGAGAGGCAAAACGAGGAGGUGAACGAGAAGGACAAUUGCUCGGCUUCCAGCAUCUCCUCAGCUAGCAGCACCCUGGAGAGAGAAGAGCGAGGGAACAGCGAGAAUGACCUCAAAGAAGAAGUAAACAAACAAAGUAGCAAACUCAACAGUAAACUUUUCAUGCUGGACAUGUUGUACUCGCAAAACAAGAAGCCCUGCGAGGAAGAGGAGGAUGCCGAGAGGGAGAAAGAAGAAGGAGAGGACAAAGAGGAGACGCACAAGGACGUUGACGAACAGCCGAGCGAUGAACAGUUACAGAACGAGCACGAUGAGAAAAACGAUCAGCGGGGGAGCAUACGGCAAUUCGCCGAGCGUUUCGGAGAUUUGAUCAAGGACAUGAACCACACGCACUUGGACGGCCAAGUUGAAGAUCUAAUGCCGCUUCUUCCUCCCAAAAAGGAGUCGGACACCAUCUGGGACCAACUCUUAGCUAGCCCUCGAGAGCUGCGCAUCGGCGACAUCAACUUCACCGACCUGACGGAGGACGACGACGUCGAUAUCCUGGACGCUAAUUUGAUGAGCAGCUGCGGCGACCUACCGCCGCCGCCGCCUCCCCCUGCCCCUCCCCUUCCUCCGCCUCCGCCUCCUAUGCUCUCCUUCGCGUCCUUCCCUCCACCCCCGCCUGUCCUCAGCAGUUGCCCGCCACCUCCUCCCUUGUCGAACAUGAUGCUGCCUCCUCCACCUCCCCCGUCGUUCAGCUCCCUAAUGCACGGGCCUCCUCCCGAACCUCCUCUUUUCAACAAGAAGAAGAAGACAAUCAGAUUAUUCUGGAAUGAGGUGCGUCCAGAAGUUCCAUGCAGGGACUACAAGAGGAAUGGAGACUCCGUUUGGACUAAACUGGAGUCAGUGAAAUUAGACACAGUCAAACUGGAACAUCUGUUUGAGUCCAAGUCAAAAGAAAUGCCUGUGACCAAGAAAACUGCAGCGGACGGUAAGCGCCAGGAGAUUAUCGUGCUGGAUUCCAAAAGGAGCAACGCCAUCAACAUCGGGCUAACCGUUCUGCCCCCGCCUCGCACCAUCAAGACGGCCAUCCUCAAUUUUGAUGAAUACGCGCUCAACAAGGAAGGCAUCGAGAAAAUCCUCACGAUGAUCCCGACUGAGGAGGAGAAGCAGAAGAUCCAGGAGGCUCAAUUGGCUAACCCCGACACUCCUCUGGGUUCGGCCGAGCAGUUCCUCCUCACUUUGUCGUCCAUCAGCGAGCUCUCCGCCCGACUUCAGCUGUGGGCCUUCAAGAUGGACUACGAGGCAACUGAAAAGGAAGUAGCUGAGCCACUGCAGGAUCUGAAGGAGGGGAUGGAACAACUUGAGAAGAACAAGACUCUCCGCUACAUUCUCUCCACGUUGCUCGCAAUCGGAAAUUUCCUCAAUGGAACCAACGCCAAAGGUUUCGAGCUGACAUAUUUGCAGAAGGUCCCCGAAGUAAAGGACACGGUCCAUAAACAGUCUCUGCUACAUCACGCCUGCUCGGUGGUGGUGGAGAACUUUCCUCAAAGCACGGACCUCUACUCGGAAAUCGGAGCCAUCACACGUUCCGCCAAGGUGGAUUUCGACCUGCUGCAGGAGAACCUGGGUCAGAUGGAACGCCGCUGCAAAGCAUCGUGGGACCACCUGAAGGUGAUCGCCAAGCACGAGAUGAAACCGCAGCUCAAGCAGAAGAUGUCGGAUUUCCUCAAAGACUGCGCCGAGCGAAUCAUCAUCCUCAAGAUCGUCCACCGAAGGAUCAUCAAUAGGUUCCAUUCCUUCCUUUUAUUUCUGGGCCACCCGGCGUACAGCGCCAGAGACGUCAGCGUGCACAGGUUCAGUAAGAUCCUCAGCGAGUUCGCUCUGGAGUACCGGACCACCCGAGACCGCGUGCUGCAGCAGAAACAGAAACGAGCCGACCACCGCGAACGGAACAAAACGCGAGGGAAGAUGAUCGUGGACGUGGAGAUGGACGCGACAGUGAGUUGUGAAGCCACCGUGGCCCCUUCGCCACAAGCUCAGUCCGAUGACGAAGAGGAGAGCGAGAGGCCACAAGGUCUGGGCCACGCAGAAGACGCGGCGGAACACGAGCACAUGAAAGCCGUGCUGAGAACGAGCCUAAGCUGCGGCGGCGACAAGGACGGCAGCGCUGUACCGGGCCUGCGGACGCGCACUCGAUCACGACCAGGACGGGGAGGUGGCAGCAUGCGAACGCGGACCCCGGCCGUGGAAGAGGCUCAGGUGUGCGGAGACGACGCGGCGGAUGAAAUCAUGGAACGCAUCGUGAGGUCCGCCACUCAGGCUCCAGGAAGUAGACCGCAACCGCGCGAGAGGAGGAGGUCAAGGGCCAACCGGAAAUCAUUGAGGCGGACCUUGAAAAACGGUUUAACCCCAGAGGAGGCGUUGGCGUUGGGUUUAACCGAUUCCGGCGAGCCGCAGAUGUAAUAUGGUGGUCUAACGUGGUCGCCGUUUGCCUUUGCUACGCAAUCUUCUCAUUGCACCAAGCGGAAGCUCCGAGUUUCUGUCAGCUGCUAACCUUGCCGGAUGUGUCUGAGUGAUGAAGUCAGUGUUGUUGUCGUUUUAUUUUUUUUGGAGUGCUGCACAAUGACAAUCCUCCUGAGAAUGCGGUGAAGGAAGGAAGGAAAGGAGGAAAAGCGAUGCUGUCGUUCAGGUUAAUUGGAAUAUCUGUUAUUUAAAGACAACGCCAUUACUCCUAUUUAAGCUGUGAACUGAUGACCCAAAGAUGAACUUUCACCCAGUUCCAAAGUACCUAAAAUCAACACAGAAAAGGCAAACCUGAAAUGAUAAUUUUGUGUAAGUACAAAUGGUUGCUCCCGGCAACCGAGGGUCUUUAAUUGGCUGUGUGCCUUUCAACCAAAAAAAGAAAAAAAGGGAUAAUGUUGUUUGCUUUCUUCAUCUGCUUCUGUUUCCUGUUAACUUCCUCAGUGUUGCAAACAGUUCCUUUUUCUUUUUGGGUGAAAAUGUUCUCAGUAUUUAUUUGAAAGCUCUCACUCUUAUUUUGUAAACUUUUUGCACCUUACGAAGUCACUCUCAGUAAAGGAAGUUUUUAUUUUUGAGGAACUGUUUGUAAAGUGUAAAAAGACUUUUUUUUUUUUUUUACAAUUAUUAAAGUCGCAGCAAAGACUGCAUGUGACAUGUACUUGCCCUGUUACAUCGGUGUUAAUGGUGUGCUUGUGUAGUGCAGUUCAAGUUAUUUUAUAAUAUAUGUAGAAAGUUGUAUUAUAGUUGGAGCAGAAUUAACAGAAGAGUAAAUUUGUAAGAUAUAAAACUGUAGAUUUGGUCAAAUAGAGGGAAGUAUUAUUUUCAUGGAGUUAUUCCUCGCUGCUUUUGCUUUCAAAGCGUGUUUUUUUUUUCUUUUCUUUUUAAUAUAUCGAGCUGAAGGAAAUGAGGGCCCUUCGCAACCUGGGAAACAUCACCAUGAAGUCCAAUUGUCUCACUUGAAAUGCUGUUUGUAAAUGAUCUACAGGAAUGAAAAUAAAAUAAAUAAAAACA